AUGCCACGCCAAGCCACGCCACGCCACGCCACGCCACACCAACUGCCACGCCACACCAACUGCCACGCCACGCCAAGCCACGCCACGCCACGCCACACCAAGCCACGCCACACCAACCGCCACGCCACACCAAGCCACGCCACGCCACACCAACCGCCACGCCACACCAACCGCCACGCCACACCAAGCCACGCCACGCCACACCAACCGCCACGCCACACCAACCGCCACGCCACACCAAGCCACGCCACACCACACCAACCGCCACACCACGCCAAGCCACGCCAAGCCACCACGCCACGCCACCACCAAGCCACACCACGCCACGCCAAGCCAAGCCACGCCAAGCCACGCCACGCCAAACCACGCCACACCAACCGCCACGCCACACCAACCGCCACACCAUGCCACGCCAAGCCACGCUACGCCAAGCCACACCAAGCCACGCCACACGCCAAGCCACGCCAAGCCACGCCACACCAAGCCACGCAACACCACGCCACACCAACCGCCACGCCACGCCAAGCCAAGCCACGCCAAGCCACGCCACACCAACCGCCACGCCACACCAACCGCAACGCCAAACCACACCAACCGCCAUGCCACACCAUCCGCCACGCCCAAGCCAAGCCACGCCACGCCAUGCCACACCAACCGGCACGCCACACCACACCACACCAACUGCCACACCACACCAGGCCACGCCACACCAACCGCCACACCACGCCACACCAUGCCACGCCACACCACACCAACCGCCACACCACACCACGCCACGCCACACCAACUGCCACACCACACCACGCCACGCCACACCACGCCACGCCACACCAACCGCCACGCCACACCACACCAACCGCCACACCACGCCACGCCACACCAAGCCACGCCACGCCACACCAACCGCCACACCACACCAACCACCACACCACGCCAUGCCACGCCACACCAACCGCCACGCCACGCCACACCAAGCCACGCCACACCAAGCCACGCCACGCCACACCAACCGCCACACCACACCAACCACCACACCACGCCAUGCCACGCCACACCAACCGCCACGCCACGCCACACCAACCGCCACGCCACGCCACACCAACCGUCACGCCACGCCACGCCACACCACACCACGCCAACCAAAAAGAAAACAAUAAACACAUAUGCAUGUUGCCGCCACUCCCUGAUACAUCCUGUGCCACCCCCCUCCCCCCGCCACCUGCCCAGCAUGUGUCCCUGUUAGACAGAUCCCUCCUAUUGUCUACUGCCUCUAAACCAGGGCUCAGUUACCAUUCAACCAAAAGAUUAGAAUAUACUGCAACAUCACAUUAUUUAUGCGUCAACGACGAAGGGGUUUAA